CACGCCUUGUCUUGCUCCUAAAUCUUAAACUUCUGCUCUAUUCCCAGAUUUCCCUUGUUUUUCCACACUUUAGGUUGCUCCUUCACUUUCAAAUGAGCUCGAACAUGGAGUGAUUUGGGGAUAUGAAGGUUCACGAAGCGAGGUCGCAAGCACACCUGCAUGCACACGGGGAUGAAGAGAAGGUGAUGACGAGAAAGCAGAAGGCAGAGUCCAAGUUACACGAAGCAGAGCAUUCUCCUAAGAAGCCCAAGCAUGAAGAAAGUGGAGAAGACAGCUACACCAAUGGCAAAUCCAUCGCCGAUGUUGCAGCCGAAUACGAUGAGUUUUGCAAAGCCAUUAAUAAACACCUUUCUGUUGAGCAAAUGCGACAAGUUCUUGAAGCUAACGGUCUCGAUUCUUCUGGCUCUGAUCUUGAAAUUACUCGAAGAUGCCAAGACGUGAUGUUUUAUGGUGCAUUAGAAAAAUGUCCGGUUUGCAAUGGAACUCUGGAGUUCGAUGGGAGACGUUAUUCUUGCAGAGGAUUUUACAGCGAGUGGUCUAGUUGCACCUUCAGGACAAAAGACCCUCCCAGAAAAGAGGAAGCCAUUAAACUAUCUGAUUCUGUGCAGAAUUCUCCUAUUUCAGAUUUCUUGAAGAAAUAUCAAGAUCCAAUUCGAAGACCUCACAGGGAUUUAGGCUCAGAAGAGAAGACUUUCACUGGGAUGAUGAUUUGUCUUAUGGGUCGUCUCACUCGGACACAUCAAAAUUGGAAAACAACUAUUGAAAAGCACGGAGGGAAGGUAGCAAACUCUGUAAAUGGGGCAACUUGUUUGGUGGCUUCGCCUGCUGAGCGAGUGCGUGGUGGAACUUCCAAAGUUGCAGAAGCCAUGGAGAGAGGAAUACCUGUGGUGAGGGAGGCUUGGUUAAAUGACAGCAUAGAGAAACAAGAGCCUCAACCUUUGGAAGCUUAUGAUCUUGUCUCUGAUCUCUCUGUAGACGGCAAAGGGAUACCAUGGGAUAAACAAGAUCCCGGAGAGGAGUCCAUUGAAUCUCUUUCUGCAGAACUUAAGCUUUAUGGGAAAAGAGGGGUCUAUAAAGAUACCAAACUGCAGGACCAAGGUGGAAAGAUAUUUGAAAAAGAUGGGAUAUUAUACAACUGUGCCUUCUCCCUUUGUGAUCAGGGACGAGGAUUGAAUGACUUCUGUGUCAUGCAACUGAUAAUGGUGCCAGAGAAUCGUUUGCAUUUAUACUACAAGAAAGGGAGAGUGGGAGAUGAUCCAAACGCAGUGGAGCGACUACAAGAGUUUCAGAACGUGGACAAUGCAGUGAAAGAGUUUGUGAGGUUUUUUGAGGAGAUAACGGGGAAUGAGUUUGAACCUUGGGAAAAAGAGAAGAAAUUUCGGAAGAAACCACUCAAGUUUUAUCCUAUCGACAUGGAUGAUGUUGAAGUUAGACAUGGAGCCCUAGCUGUUCGGCAGCUAGGGAUAGCAGCAAUACACUGUAAACUUGAGCCUUUGGUUGCAAAUUUGAUGAAAGUUUUGUGCAGCCAGGAGAUAUAUAGGUAUGCAUUGAUGGAGAUGGCUUAUGACUCCCCUGACCUUCUGGGGAUGGUUACAGAUCUUCACCUGAAAAGAUGUGAGGAGGUUCUGCUAGAAUUCAUAGAGAAGGUGAAAUCAAUGAAAGAUGGAGGGCCAAAAGCUGAGGUUCUUUGGUCGGAUUUUAGCCAAAGGUGGUUCACUCUGAUGCAUUCCACAAGACCUUUUAAUUUUAGAGAUUAUCAGGACAUUGCAAAUCAUGCUGCUUCUGCAUUAGAGAGUAUACGAGACAUAAACGUGGCUUCUCACCUCAUAGGAGAUACGAGUGGCUCUACCAUUGACGAUCCAUUAUCGGACAGAUACAAGAAAUUGGGUUGCUCUAUUUCUCCAUUGGAGAAAAACUCUAGUGAUUAUGACAUGAUAGUGAAAUACCUGGAGAAAACUUACGAACCUGUACGAGUUGGGGACGUUGAUUAUGGGGUGUCUGUAGGGAACAUCUUUGCGGUAGAAUCCAGGGCUUGCCCUCCCUAUGAAGACAUUGUAAAGUUGCCUAAUAAAGUCCUCCUUUGGUGUGGUUCACGAAGCUCAAAUCUUUUGAGGCACUUGCACAAGGGUUUCUUGCCAGCAAUAUGCUCUCUACGUCCGGGCUAUAUGUUUGGGAAAGCUAUAGUUUGUUCUGAUGCUGCUGCCGAGGCUGCAAGAUAUGGGUUUACGGCUGUGGACAGACCAGAAGGCUUCUUGUUUCUGGCAAUUGCUUCCCUAGGAAAUGAGAUUACAGAGCUGAAAAACCCACCUGAGGAAACGAAAACUUUGGAAGAAAAGAAAGUUGGGGUUAAGGGGUUGGGGAGGAAGAAAACAGAUGAAUCAGAACAUUUUGUUUGGAAAGAUGACAUUAAGGUUCCCUCAGGUCGAUUAGUUGCCUCAGAGAACAAAGAUAGCCCUUUGGAGUACAAUGAGUACGCUGUCUAUAAUCCUAAGCAGGUGCGCAUAAGCUACUUGGUAGGAGUGAAAUAUGAAGAGAGAGGCAUGGUGAUGGACAGGGCAGAGUGAGAAAGGGACAGAAGGUAGCCCAAGACCUUUUCUGAAGGGGUUUUAAUGACAACUCUUGUUGGUAGUAAGGGAUCAAGGUGGUGCUAUUUUGAUGUGUGUGUAUAAUAUGUUGUGAUAGUAUAGCAGUAUAGUGGUGGAAUGUUUGCCGUUUCCCUGUUUGAGGUAUAUGUAGGUCAACGGUCACUAACUUGUGUAAGUAAAUGUUUUGUGCUGCUCUUGCAUCUCAGCAAGGGUUCCAAUAGAUAAUCCUAGACAAUGUUAUUAUGGUUUAUGGUUUAGUUGCAUGCUCCAGCAUGAUUGAAACAAACGGCUGAACAAAAGAGAGUCAAGAUGUUUGUCAACCUAUUCAGAAUUUACACUCGAUAUUUCUCGAAUCUGCUCUCAUUAGUACACGAGAAGUAUCCAGACACCGAAAAAAUCUUCAAUCCAUGUUGCUUUCCAGUAUUGGACAAAAUUUACGAGUAGUUUUCAGUUCACGUCUUCUGUAGCUAAGGUCUCACACUCAGCACUUUAACCUUUUAAACCCUUCAAUAUCUGAGAAAAAGGAGUAUUUUACAUUUUCCACCACCACCACCACUCAAUCGGCAAUGACGGUGAUAAUAAGAUGUCAUUGAUACAUGGUUGGGUGAAGAAUCUUGAAGCUGUGCGCAUGAAAUGAUAUAGGCCUCCGUCCAUGGACCAGGUCUCUGUAAAAGGUAUAUUCUGCUUCAUAAUCAUGCAAAUCAAGCCCGGUCUUCUGGUUGGUGUGACAAUGAUGUUUAGCCGAAGGUGACUUGCCAAAACCAAACAUGCUCACUCUCACAUACUCCCAAAGCCAUCAUCACAGCUUGCAUACCAGUAGAGUAAUGAAAGAAAACUGCAUCAUGAGCAGAGCUCCAUUCCUCCAACCUUUUCCCUGUCUGCUCAGUGAAACGUUUCAAAGAAUAGUACUUCACGCAAUUCGAGCAGAGCACAUCGAACCUUGGAUCAGUGACCACAGGUGGCGCCUCGUGAGAUGAAUUGCACACAGUGUAAUCCCGCAAUGUGCAGGUUGGCAUACGUACAAAAAACAUUUGAACGCAUGAUCCAUGUGGAUGACAGAAGCAUUCUCGGUUUCUCGCACAUGGAUGAAAAAUGUUGCUGUUUACAAACGAAAUGUUAGUCUUCGUCCCUACUUUUUUCUCAAACC